GAAAACAUUUCGACUAUCUGCAGACACACCUUCUGAAGAUUGUCCUAGGAUGUGCAAGAGCCGCUUUACAAAGAGUAGCAUGAAGGGCUAUCCUUUGGAAGAUAUAUAUGCUGCACUUGGACACACAAAGGUUAUUAACAGUGUGUUGGUGCCAACUGUGGGUGAGGAAAUCAUGCUGGCUCGUAUAAUUGAUGAGGAGCGAGAGUAUCAUUGUGAGGGAAGCACAAGUGAUACUUGGAACCACUGGCUAAAUGUGAAGCAGAAGAAGAUAUUUUGGAAAGAGCUAUACGACUUAGAUGUUGCUGCACGAGUGUUUAAAAAGAAGAAGGACAAAGAAAAGGUGACGUUUUUAGAAGAUUCGUCUUCUAAAUCUGGGUUGGAGAGCUUGAAAGCUCUGGAAGAAAAGAUUUUGGGGGCCAUGAGUGAAGGGUUUUCUGGUCUUAAAUCAGUGGUGGAGGCAAAGCUGGGUGAUAUGGAUGUGAGGAUGAGUAAAUUUGAAAAGAACCAGCGCCAACUUAGAAGAAGGGCUAAGAAAAUAGAAGAAAAGCUGACUUCUAUUGAGAGCAACAAAAAUGAGGAGAGGAACUAUGGUGAAGAUAUGGAUUUUGGAUGGGAUGAUAGAGAUUAUGGUAGAGCUGAAGGGAAGGAAAACAGUGAGAAGGCUAAGGAAGACAAGGAAAACAGUGAGUCUGGCGAGGAAAAGGAUGUGGUCUCGGGUGGGGAAAACAGUAAGGAUGGUGAGAAAGAAAACAAUGAGAAGGGUGAAGAAGAGAAAGACCAAGAACCUGAAAAAGACAAAGAAAACAGUGACUCUGUUGAGAAAGGCGAAGAAUACGUGGAGGAAUCAGAUGGAGAAAGUUCUCUGUUAAGGCUUCAGGAAAGAGUGAGAGUGCAAGCAGAAGAAUUUUGGAGGACAAUUGAUGAUGAGUCUGAGGCUGAGGAAGAGGUUGAGAAAGAGGGUGAGGAAGAGGCUGAGAAAGAGGUUCAAGAAGAGAAAGAGGGUGAGAAAGAGGCUGAGAAAGAGGUUCAAGAAGAGAAAGAGGGUGAGAAAGAGGCUGAGAAAGAGGCUGAGAAAGAGGUUCAAGAAGAGAAAGAGGCUGAGAAAGUAGAAUCCAAGGGAACUCCUACCUCUACCGGAGUAAUAGUCAUUACACCACAUGGUAGAACUAAGGCAGCAGCUGCGAGGAAAGCAAUCUCUAUAUCACCAGAGAUUGUUGUGGUAACAGGGAUUGCUGAGCUAGCUGAGAAAGAGGUUGAGGUAGAAGCUACUCAGACAGAGCAAGAAGCUAUUCAGACUGAGAUUGUUGAGAAAGAGGCUGAGGUUACUGAGAAAGAUGCUGAGUUAGCUGAGAAAGAGGAUCAAGAUGUGGAUGAAGAGGAGGAAAAAGCAGAGGAAAGUGAAGAUAAUCCUGUGGAGAGUCCCUCUGAGAAACAUGCUGAGCUAGCUGAGAAGUCAGUUGAAUCUGAUGUCGAUCUAGAUGUGGAGGAAGAGGAGGAAAAAGAUGAGGAAAUUAAAGAUAAUCUUGUGGAGAGUCCCGCUAAGAAACAGACUGAGCUAGCUGAGAAGUCAGUUGAGGUAGAAUUAAAGACUAAGCGCAAGCCUAAGGUCAAGGUCAUAGCAGUGCCGUAUGGCAUUCCCAGAGCUGAGAGACUAGCAAAAAUGAGAGCUGAAGCUGAAAAAAAGAAAGCUAGAGCUGAAAAAAAGAAAGCUAAAGCUGAUGGUGCACCUAAGAAGAAAGGCAGGCCGAAGAAGACUGAGGCUACAUUGAAGCCAUGUACGCCGCUGCUGGAGAAGAGAAAAAGUGAACCAUCACGGUGGGUGCAGUCUCCUUUCACUGAGGGAAAGACUGAUGAGCUAGAAGUGCCAAAGAAGAAGCUUAAAACAAAAACCUAAAAUGCUUAUGCUAUGUAUAUGUAUUAUUCAAGUUAGGAUGUUAUGUUUCUGCCUAAAAUGCUUCUCUUGAACUUGUUAGGAUGUUAUGUUUCUGCUUCUGGAUGUUAUGUUAAGUUUCUGGAUGUUUUAUGCUUUUUAAACAGGUGUGGUAACUCAAAAUUACAGGGGAAACUCUGGUCAAAAUUUUGAAAAAAUACUUCAUAAUUUUGAAAAAAA